UUUGGCCCCACUGUAGUCAUACUUACUGUACUAUGUUGCAUUUCCAGAUGAUGAUCAAGCGUGCUGUGACCCCCCGGGGAGGAAGUAGCGUGUCCACCACGGCUUCUCCGGCCGGAGGAGGAAACACUGCUAACUUUGAAACCGUGGACAUCAUCGUGCUGGUGAUCUACUUUCUGGUGGUGCUUGCUGUGGGCUUUUGGUCCAUGUGGAGGACCAAGCGCAGCACGGUCGAUGGCUACUUCCUGGCAGGGAAAAGCAUGACAUGGUGGCCGGUGGGGGCCUCACUGUUCGCCAGUAACAUCGGCAGCGGACACUUGAUCGGUCUGGCCGGCUCAGGAGCGGCAGCAGGAAUCGGAGCGAUAGCGUAUGAGUGGAAUGGACUCUUUAUGGUGCUGCUGCUGGGUUGGAUCUUCCUGCCCAUCUAUCUGGCGUCUGGGGUGACGACCAUGCCCGAGUAUCUGCAGAGACGCUUCGGUGGCAGAAGAACUCAGCUGUUUAUAGCAGUCUUGUCCUUGUUCAUCUACAUCUUCACCAAGAUAUCUGUGGACAUGUAUGCUGGAGCUUUGUUUAUUCAGCUGGCUCUGCAGUGGAACAUCUACCUGGCUGUGGUGCUGCUCCUGUCAGUCACUGCUCUCUACACUGUAGCAGGUGGUCUGGCUGCUGUUAUCUACACCGACGCUGCCCAGACCGUCGUCAUGCUGGCAGGAGCACUGAUCCUCAUGGGCUUCAGUUUUUUCGAGGUGGGAGGUUGGAACGCUCUGAUGAGAGAUUACCCCAACGCCAUCCCGUCGGUGCGCGUGCCCAACUCCACGUGUGGCAUCCCUCGAGAGGACGCUUUCCACAUAUUUAGAGACCCUGUGACCUCUGACCUCCCGUGGCCCGGCGUCAUCGUGGGCAUGUCCAUUCCUUCCAUGUGGUACUGGUGCUCGGAUCAGGUGAUCGUGCAGCGUUCUCUGGCCGCCAAGACGCUGACUCAUGCCAAAGGUGGCUCCCUGCUGGCAGCUUACCUCAAGCUCCUGCCUUUCUUCGCCAUCAUGUUGCCCGGGAUGAUCAGCAGGAUACUUUACACAGACGAUGUGGCGUGUGCGGACCCAGCGUUGUGUACGCAGAUCUGCGGGAACCCGGUAGGAUGUACGGACACCGCCUAUGUCAGACUGGUCAUGGAGUUGCUCCCCGCAGGUCUACGAGGUCUGAUGAUGGCGGUGAUGAUCGCCGCUCUGGUCUCCUCGCUCACCUCCAUCUUUAACAGCGCCAGCACCAUCUUCACCAUGGACCUGUGGAAGACCUUCCGCUCCAGCGCCUCCGAGUGGGAGCUGAUGAUCGUGGGCAGAGUGUUUGUGCUGGUGCUGGUGGUGGCGUCCAUCCUGUGGAUUCCUGUGGUGCAAGCCAGUCAGGGCGGGCAGCUCUUCAUCUACAUCCAGGCCAUCAGCACCAACCUGCAACCCCCCGUCUCCAUCGUCUUCCUCAUGGGAUGCUUCUGGAAGAGGACCAAUGAGAAGGGUGCAUUCUGGGGCCUGGUGGUGGGCCUGCUGGUGGGCUGCAUGCGCAUGCUGCUGGACUUUAUCUACCCGGCCCCCCUCUGCUUCGAGCGCGACAACAGGCCCGCCGUGAUCAAAGACGUCCAUUACCUGUACUUCUCCAUAGUUCUGUCCCUCAUCACGCUGGUGGUGGUGGUGGGCGCCAGUCUGGCCACGGAGGAGCCCCCAGCAGAGCAGAUUAAUGGUCUUACUUGGUUCACACGAUUUGUCCACGUGGAGCGCAAAGAGCUCAACUUGGAGUUGGUCAUGCCUCGGACGGACGAGGGAACAGGAAGACCGGACGAGAGCAGCGAGAGAAAAGGUUUUUCUUGUCUUUCUACGGAUCCGUUGUCCAGGUCUGAGUCUUCAUCUGUUUUCCCUGUAGAGUCAACAACACCCAGUGGGAGACCUGCGUCCAGGCUGGUGUCCGCCCUCUACUGGCUGUGUGGCAUGGACAGCAGAACAAAGGAAGGACAGAAGACGCCGGAGAUUCCUGCAGAACCUGAAUGCAACAAACUGGAAGAAAAUCCUUGUCUGCAGCAGCUGGUGAACGCAAACCUGAUCAUCUGUCUCUCUGUGGCGGCUUUUGUCAUCGGAUACUGGGCCUGAGGACACUUCUGGAAGGAAAGGGGAGCCUUUCGGACUUCAAGGUUGUGUCGCCUUUUCAACUCAUCUUCUAUGACAGCUCCUUCUUGCCGGGUUUUUGUUGUUAUAUCUGAUUUUUAAAUCAUUUUUACUCAAAUUUGGCGUUUUUCCUCUCUCUAAAAGUGUCCA